UCGCGCCUAGGCUCCAGUCGGGAGAGUUCGCUCGUGGUGAAGUACCGCCAGUAUGCAUUGCACUGCCCGUGGUGCAUCGUACGCGGACCAAGGAAAACCGUUUAUGGUUUAUAUUAUUGACUAAAAUGGACGAGUCGUCGCUCUUGGAUUUACUAGAAUGCUCCGUAUGUUUGGAACGGUUGGACACGACCGCCAAAGUACUACCGUGCCAGCACACCUUCUGCCGCCGCUGCCUGGAGAACAUUCUCAGCUCCCGCAAUGAGUUGCGCUGCCCGGAGUGUCGGAUACUGGUAGAUUGCGGCGUAGAUGAUUUACCAGCGAACAUCUUGUUGGUACGGUUGCUGGAUGGGAUUAAACAGCGACCGAGAAACGGAGGAAGACCGUCGCUGGCCGGGGUAUCCCUAGGCUGUGCUGCUGGUGUCUCGGCUUCUCCCCCCGGCACAGCCAUCCGAGACUUGCCCAUUGCAACUCGGAGCUCUCCAGUCAAGAAUGUUCCACAGCUACCCUGCGGGAAAGCUCUUUACAGCUAUGAAGGCAAGGAGCCAGGAGACCUCAAGUUCAACAAGGGUGACAUCAUCAUUCUACGCCGCAAGGUGGAUGAAAACUGGUACCACGGCGAGCUGAAUGGCAGCCAUGGCUUCCUCCCGGCCAGCUACAUCCAGUGCAUCAAGCCCUUGUCCCAGACCCCGCCCCAGGGCAAGGCGCUGUACGACUUUGAGGUCAAGGACAAGGACCAAGACAAGGACUGCUUGACUUUCACAAAGGAUGAAAUUCUGACUGUGAUUCGAAGAGUGGACGACAACUGGGCAGAGGGCAUGCUGGGAGAUAAAAUUGGAAUUUUCCCGAUUUUAUAUGUGGAGCUGAACGAAGCAGCCAAGCAGCUGAUGGAGAUGGAUAAGCCUAGCCCAGUCCCGGGCCCCAGCACCGAGCCUGGCUCUCCGGCCGGGCCCUGCUCAGGCUCCGCCCUGAAUGGCAACGGCCCUGUCAGCGCCAUCCACCGCCGCAUUGACGGCAAAAAGAACGCCAAGAAGCGCCACUCCUUCACCGCGCUCAGCAUGACCCAGCGCACUGCCCAGGCCCUCAACAACCGCCACUCCAUGGAGAUCAGCGCGCCCGUGCUCAUCAGCUCCUCCGACCCCCGCGCCGCCGCCCGCAUCGGAGACUGCCCACACCUGUCCUCCAGCGCCCCCUCACAGGACUCGUCCUCCUUCGUCGGGACAUCGAGCGCGGCUGUGGUCGUCCCUCCAAGGGUGACCUCUGUGGCUGGGGAACUGCUGGCUGCGGCCAAAGUCCAGCUGCCCCUGAAUAUAUACCUGGCCAUGUACGCCUACAAGCCACAGAAGGGCGACGAGCUGGAGCUGAGGAAAGGCGAGAUGUACCGCGUGACGGAGAAGUGCCAGGAUGGCUGGUUCAAGGGCACAUCCCUGCGCAGCGGCGCCUCCGGUGUCUUUCCGGGGAACUACGUCACCCCUGUGUCCAGGGCCCCCUUCGCAGUGGGGCAGUCCCGCGCUUGCCUCUCGGGUUCGGCGCAGGUGGUGAAGGUGGUGCCCAGCUCCCCGGUGUCCGCCGGGCCCUCCAGCCCGGUUCUCAUGGGGUCGGGGUCACGCUCCACCCCUCCCCUGGUGAACCCCUCCUCCUCCCCUCAGCUGCAGCCGGCAGCCAUGCACCUGAAGAACUGCUUGCGUCUCUCAGGACAACAGGCUCCCGGCCAGGCCCGCAACGCCAUGCAGUUGGUGCACAGUCCUCCUGCAGGCAGCCCAGAGCGUCCGACAGCAGCUGUGUCCCCACUGCGCCCCCACAACUCCCCGACGAGGUCCCCGGGCCCCUCGGCGCGCCCGCUGUCCAUGGUGUCCCACCAGCCCGCCUCCCUGGCCCCUGCCACCCGGCCCACCAUCCCCCUCACCUCCGCCGCCGCGGCCAUCACCCCGCCCAACGUCAGCGCUGCCCACCUCAACGGGGAGGCAGCGGCCAGCCCCCUGCAGCCUCCCUCCCCCGCGCACCCCCAGGGGGCUGUCGCCAGCCUGCCCAAACUCGAAGAGAAGAAGGCUGAGAAGAAGGAAAAGAAGAGCGGAGGCCUCCUGAAGCUGCUCUCGGGCGCAGCGGCGAAGAAGAAGUCUCGCUCCCCGCCUUCGGUGUCCCCCACCCACGAGCCCCAGCCGCAGGCACAGGCGGCCGCCGAGGCCUCGGUGCAGGGCGCCAUGGGGCCCGAGCUGCACUCCGUGUCCAGCCACGGCCGGGCGGGGUCCUGCCCCAUCGAGAGCGAGAUGCAGGGGGCCAUGGGCAUGGAGCCCCUGCACAGGAAGUCCGGCUCCUUGGACCUCAACUUCUCCGUGUCGCCCCCGGCCCGCCAGCCGUGCUCCUCGCUCCUGGCCCUCCGUCCUGAACCCAAACCCCUGUCCCGUGAGAGGUACCGUGUAGUGGUGCCCUACCCCCCUCAGAGCGAGGCUGAGAUUGAGCUCAAGGAGGGUGACAUCGUCUUUGUGCACAAGAAGCGGGAGGACGGUUGGUACAAGGGCACCCUGCAGCGCACUGGCCGUACUGGCUUGUUCCCGGGCAGCUUUGUGGAGAGCUUCUGAUAGGACCCAAGAUGGGGGCCUUCAGGCAAGCACAGGACAGCCCCGUGUGGGGGUCUUCUCCACAUGCUCCUCAUGGGCGCUCACCUGGACAUCACACGGAGGGGAAAGAGCCGAACAUCCUCAAAAGUACCAUCAGAAGGGGUACUGGAUGGGGGCGCCCACAGGACACCUGUGUUGCCAUUCGUGAGAGCCCUAUCCGUCUUCGCCUGGAAAACGAUGAAACAACAAGGAGCACAAAAAAGACGAGCAGAGGGAAAGCCCUUUUAAAUUCACUGCCAUUAUUAUCAGUUGUGUUUUUCUUCCUCAGAUAGGAAAGCACAGAGAACACUAUCACCUCGGUCGCAGUCGGGUCCACCAUCAGUGAGAGUUGCAGGCAUGCAGUCCCAGGCUGGAGCAGAGGUAGAGAGCAGGAGGGAGAGAGAGAGAGAACAGAAAUGAGUGUUCACACUGCAGUCUGGCCCCAGCAGUGCCUUCCAUCCUGGACCCCGCGGUACCAGAACCAGCCCUGACCUCUGACCUCUGCUCCAGCGUGGGACAGCUCCAGCUUGUGCAAAUGUAAAGUGAUGCUUUUCUUCUCCUGUGUUUCUACUGUACGUUAUUGUGAAGCAGCAGCAGUGAGCUCUGUGGCUGCCCCUGCUUGGGUCCCUGAAGGAGCGUCAGGCACAAAGAGCAGACCAGGCAGGGUUAUAGUGUCUCACGGCUGAGAUGGAAACGAUUUAAUGACCCACUUUACUGCAAUCUACACUUCAACCUUAGCCCUGCAAGGCACUGUAGGUAGGUUACCAAGAAAAUAAUGAAGUUGAGAUCAGUUCCUAUCAGUGCAUCCCUUUGGUUUGGCAGUACUUAUUUCCCACACAGACAGAUCAACAGUUUCCUGCAAGCCGUCUCCAAAUCCACCAUCUUGGAAAACAACUUUUCAGCUUAGGGUUCAUUUAAGUGGCCCAGUCUGACUCAUUUGAAAGAAAGUCAUACAUUUGGUCAGUUUCUCUCUUUGCCUGUGUAUAAAAAUGCAGAGUGGGCAAGAAAAAUCAUGUUCCGAGUUAACAUCCACGUUUUAAAGUGCCCAAUCAGCUUGUGCUCACAAAUGCAAGGUGAUGUACUGCCCUUUCAGAGCAUAUCCAUAUAAUAUAAAAGUACAAUUGCCUCAAUCCUCAAAUGAUACUAUAUACAAACCUUUUACUGAGAACAUUGAGAGAGUGCAGCAUACACUCUGUGCUAGUGUAUUUAAAAGCACCAGUCAUAUUACUGUAGCCUACAGGACCAGAGCAGGUCAAGCAAACCGCCGCUGAUUAGAUUGGGUGGAGUAUAUAAGCACAUCUUCAUUUUAUGAAGAACAUCUAGUUGAGAGGACAGUGUUUCCCCUGGGAGCGGUGUUCGGCACACACCACCACUCACAGCCUUUUGUCUUUAUCAGAUCACACUGCAAAGCACAAUCUCUCUCCCGCAGUUAUUAAAGACCUCAGUCAUGUGGCCUUCUCCCCUCUGCUAAACCCAGAUGUUGAGAAUAAUGAUUCCUUCUUGUCUUCAUUGGAUAAAAAUAUAGGUUUAAAAACAGGUUUUUGAAAAAAAAAAAAAAGACAGAGGGUAGUGGUUUCUGCUGAAGUUUGGAUUUGUGCCGCAGCACUUGGUGUUUAUCUAGUGUCUUAAAUUGCAUCUGGGAUCUUCUCUGAUUAAUACCUUACAGUUAUCAUUCAGUGUUUAUGUCUAAUUGGAAGGUGAAAUUAAUGAUGUUUUGUGGAAAAGGUAUACUAUUCCGCAAAAGGGUCUAGCUGGGCAUGUCAAAGUCACACCAAGUUAAAUGUCCCUUUGUAAGUCCAGUUCAUAAUAGCUUGGUGUUUCUGACUUAACCCUUUUUUAAGAAGUUUAUUCUCAUGGAACAAUCCUUGGUGUUUUUAAGUAUUUUACAGUACUUGCAGGGUAUUUAUUGUAUAAAUGAAUUUAAUGUACAGUGCCGUCUUACAGACACUGUGAAAGAGUCAGGCAUUUGGCCACAUUCAUUUCUUCCUCCUUAAUGCUUGCCAUAAAAUCUAAUUUUAAGGAGUCCCAUUAUAAAAGAGCCGGAGGGUACUAUUGCACCUGUUUGGGCCUGGUUUUGACAGUCCCUUUGGGAAGAAAAGCUCCUCAUUAAAGGCCUUCUCAUGUGAAGGUGUGAAGAAUAGGGAUCUGCUUUUGUGUUCGCUGUGGAAGCAGCUGGUGUGGAAAGCACAUAAUGAGUUUUCCAGGCAAACAGCCACAUCCAGGCACAGAGAGAGCGGGAGAGGUGUUUAAAGAACUCUUUCUGUGCUGCUAAUCCCAGCCCGCUGAGCUGUCGGCAGGCUGGCGGCUCCUCUCCUACAGUGACAUAGCAUUGUCCCAAUCCAGUGGAGGGCGCACAUGAACCCAUGACGCUGUGUCCACUUGGUGUGCUGUCCUUGAGUGCAACACAUUGGUCAGGGUCACAGCAGGGAAGCACAAACUCAGAGCACAUUCACAAUUUAAUAUAUGAUCAAUAAAAUGAAAUAGAACCAUCUCUUUUAUAGACUGAAAAAUCAAACCUUAAAUGAGAUGCCUGUCCAAUAUCCAAUCGUGCUGGCAAUCUCAUUUAGACUGGUGUGGAAAUACUCUGUAUGUAUCAUACGGAGUUGGAGGAUUGACCGCAAAUAUGGCUCAUUUGGUAGAUGAAAAGUGGUGAGAUUAGUCUGCCUUUAGCUGAGUGAGUAAUGGACAUGUGGGAGGGUUUCCUUUGGCCCAUAGCAUCUCUCACUCUGGGGGGGGGUCGGACUAAAUAGUGCUACAGCGUCUGAUAACCUUGUCCUGGGAUACCGUCCCUGGCUAUCUGAGCGGGACUCAUUUCCCAGCCUCCCCGAUAACCGCUCUUCAUUAGUCUUAUCAAUGGAGAUGGAGCAGAGCCUCUCACACCCCAGAGCCCUGUGGGUCCCAGCACAGGAAGAGGGUGCAGGUGCUGAAAGGCGAGGGUGGAUUUAUGGCUCCUGAUGAAAGGACUGCAGGGCUCCACCCUCCCUGCUUCACGUCUUACAUCACCGCUCUCAUGUGUCUGGGCUGCACCCCUCUCGUUGGCGGGAAACAGCGAUCUCCUGAACUCAAGUCCAGGUUUCUUCUCUCAGUAUGGAACAAACACAGCAAGAAAAGGACGUAUGUUAGAUUAACCAGUUCUAUGGACUAAAAUGUUCCUUUUGACUAUGGCCAUUAAGAGUCUUCACUUUUCAUGUAGACAAAGCGAAUAGGACACACUCCAAGGCCUAGGAUUGGGGUUUCUGCUCGUGGAUUUAAAGCACAAGUUUGUAUCUACCUUUAGGAGGCGCUGUUUCCUCACAUUGACCCAGGCAGGGGGACAGAGCACUGCAGUUGCUGGCCAUCUUGGUAUUGUUGUUCUCCAGCAUUUCCAUGGGUCUGUGCCCACGUUGAGAUUGUCCCACACUUGUGAUGAGCUUGUGUGUGUGUGGAUCACUGAGAAGAACUCUAAAAAGGCGUUUGUUCAAUAAGUUCAUGCUUGAUUAUUAAGAAAGAUUUUUACAUUAUUGCAAAAAAAGGAAAAUAUAUAUUGUGGCAACAUUUUGGCAAGAGACUAAGGAUGCCUAAGUCCAGACAUGGGAGAAUGUACUCUCAGCGCUGGUUUUGUGGCAUUCCACCUCGUGUUCAU